AUCGCUUCUUGUUUUAGUCCCCGGUAUCUUCCAUGGCCCCAUGGUGCUGGAGCUCAGCUCGGACAGCGAGUGCGAGAUCCUGGAGAGGCCCCGCCGGAGGGCCAAACCAGGCGCCCCGAGCCUCGAAGCGGUGCGAAGCCACGUCUACGUCCCAGAGGCCGCUGUGCCUCUUCCGCCGGUGACGGUGGUGGUGCCGAAAGCCAAAGCGCCGGCAAAGUUGGCGGGCGAAGGGCGGAAGCCGAGCCUGAAGGAACUCUUCCGGCAGCGCCGGGAGGAGCUCCAAAAGACCAACGACCUUCCAGUGGCAACGGCGGCGCCGGCGGCGGCGCUGGUGGCGCAGGGUCCUGGCGGCGCCGCAUCUGCAGCGCCGGAUGCGCGGCCCGCGCAGGUCCUGGAGGAGGCGGGCCUGGCCGCGGAGGUGGCGGGGCGCAUCCUGGCCGCCGCGCAGCGCUGGGCGCAGCUGGAGAAAGGCGGCGGCGGCGCGGCCAAGCGGCUGCGGAGCGUGGUGUUCAAUUUGCGCCAGAACGCGGAGCUGGUGACCCAGGUCAAUAGCGGCGCGCUCAGCGUGAGCUCACUACUGCGCAUGGGCUCGGAGGAGCUGGCGGCGCCGGAGGUGCGGAAGCGGCGGCGGCAGCUGCAGCAGCAGGCGCUGCAAGAGGUGGUGCUCCGCGAUGAGAACACCUUCGCGGUGCGCUGCAGAAGCUGCGGGGAGGAAGCUCGAGGUGUGAUGGCCCGAAGCGCUGCAGCGGCUGAGGAGGAGGGCUGGGGCCAGAUGUCCGUGCGCGGCAGUUGCCCAAAGUGUGGGCAUGUUUGGAUGGAUCAUGGAUGAGGUGCUGUUGCCCCCGAGCUCCUUCU